AAUUCACCAGUUAUUUUUUCAGUGUGCCAACGGUUCCCCGCCUCCAGCCCUAGUCACUCCUCUUCCGGAAGGUCACGACUCACGAUACUAGAACUGUCUCAAAACGGUCGCCAGGAACGCGCACGCAAACAGGUACUGUUGUACAUCGGUGGACAGAUUAACGCAGUUUUUCCACGCGAAACCAAACAAUUGGGUCUAUAUGACUUGGGGUCAUUUUGAUCAGUCCAAGACCUUCAUGGAAUUUAACGGGAAUAUUUUUCAGCCUUGGAAGGACUACAUGGGACUGUCGGAUGUAAUCCGAGGAGUCAUGACCUCCACCCAGUCUCCACCUGCGGCUCCUAAAGUUCCAGUUCCACAUGACAGAGGAACAGCGUUUGGUCCUCCCCGUGUAAGAUGCGAGCCAUUGCCAAAUAGUUUCCUACCUUUUCGUGUGUGUGACACGCGCGUUCGCGUAGAAUGGGCCAUUCUACAGCCAGCUGGAUGCAUGUGGGCCAGACCGAUGAUUGCUUGGGCUCGUCCGCCUUUCCUUGGAUGGCGCAGAGGCGCAAAGUGGCAACAUUGCAGGAUGACUGUGGUGCAUCAGCAUGGAGUCGAUCCCAAUGCUCUGGAGGCCAUGUGCUGCAAUUUUUGCAAGCACAACGGAGAGAGCGAGGAGGUGUACACGUCGCACAGGCUGAAGAGCGUCGCUGGGGAGGUUCUGUGCCCUUACCUGCGCAAGUACGUGUGCCCGCUCUGUGGAGCUACUGGCGCCUCAGCCCACACCAAACGCUUCUGCCCUAAGGUUGACAGCUCCUACAUCCCACUUUACACAAACGCCAGACGCUUCAUGCGUUGAAAGCCGACAUUUGAUUGACUGUUUACGGCUUGAACACGUCUGUUUGUGAGUUGUGAUUUUUGAGUUUGUUAAUGUACGUGUUUAAGCAAUUUGCAUGCUCUUACUGUUUACACGUUUGCUGUGGUGUUAGUAUUACAUAAUGGCUGCCAGAUACUCGUUCAAACUGUUUUAUAUAUUUUACAAAGUAGCCAGCCGACUGAUUGUGCAAAAAAA